AUGGCACCACCACUCCUCACGACCGCACUUUCCCUCCUUACCCUCGCGGCCCCCGUCCUCAGCCACUCCCACCUCGGCUACAUCAUCGUCAACGGCGAUCUCUACCACGGCUACGACCCCCGCCCAAACCAAGUCAACCAAGCCAACCGCGUCGGCUGGUCCACAGGCGCCGUCGACGACGGUUUCGUCACCCCCUCCAACUACACCCACCCCGACAUCAUCUGCCACAUCGACGGCACCAGCCCAGCCGCCCACGCCCCCGUACGCGCCGGCGACCAGAUCCACAUCCAAUGGAACGGCUGGCCGAUGGGACAUGUCGGUCCCGUGCUGACAUAUCUCGCGCCCUGUGGCGGGCUGGAUGGGGCGGAUACCGGGUGUACGGGGGUGGACAAGACGGAGUUGCGGUGGACGAAAGUCGAUGACUCGCUUCCGGUCAUGGAACACACCCCUUCGUCUGGAAAUGGCGGCGGCCUGCCGGAGGGGGUCCCGGGGGAGUACUGGGCGACGGAUGUGUUGAUUGCGGCGAACAAUAGCUGGCAGGUGACGGUGCCGAGUGGGUUGGCGGCUGGGCCGUAUGUAUUGCGGAACGAGAUUAUUGCGCUGCAUUAUGCUGCCGAGGAGGAUGGGGCGCAGAAUUAUCCCUUGUGUAUGAACUUGUGGGUGGAGGGGGAUGAUGGUGCUAGGCAGGCGGCGGAUGAUGCGCUGGUGCUGGAUGACAUUGAUGCAACUACGUUUUACACGCCGGAGGAACCGGGGAUUUUGUUGAAUGUCACGGCCGGGGUGUCGUCGUAUGCGGUGCCGGGCCCGACGGUUGCUGCUGGGGCUACGCCGGUGCCGUAUGAGAGUCAGGUGGCGAGUAUUUAUAGGGCCGAUGGUACGCCGGUGGUGGUGACUAGGAGUACGGAGACCGUUCCGUUUACCACGGGGGCCACUGCCGCUGUGUCGGGCGGGUUGAAGGGGAGGUAUAAUCGGACCUAG